GUAUGAAUUUGUCUGCAGUGACGGAAUACAGUGCAGUGAAGUGAAGGCAGCAGCAUUUCGCACUGACUUCAGAACUGUUUUUACUGUUUUAUGUGUGUGAAUGUGUGUGCAUUAAUGCAUGUAUUCUUAAUCUGUUUCUUUGAAUUUUAACCAACAAACAUGGGGAAGAAAACCACAAAAAGAUGCAAUUUUAAAGCUAUUUUGAUGAAGAACUGGCUGCUCAUGUGCACAAUUCUGGCUGUAGUCUUAGGUAUCCUGAUCGGCGUUCUGGCGCGUGAAUAUGCUGCCCUGUCAAACCUAGACAAAUUUUACUUUGGGUUUCCUGGAGAGAUCCUCGUGAGAAUGCUGAAGCUGAUCAUUUUACCUUUAAUUGUCUCCAGUAUAAUUACAGGAAUCGCUACGUUGGAUUCAGAUGUGUCUGGGAAAGUUGGAGUGCGGGCAGUGAUAUACUAUUUUUCAACUACUAUAAUUGCUGUAAUUCUAGGAAUUGUGUUGGUGAUGAGCAUUAAACCUGGUGUCUCCCAAAAAGCUGAAGAAAUUGACAGGAGUGGAAGUACCCCAGAGGUCACCACUGUGGAUGCCAUGCUAGAUCUUCUCAGGAAUGCAUUCCCAGAAAACUUGGUACAGGCUAGCUUUCAACAGUAUAAAAGCAAACGAAUAGAAAUUGAACCUGCAAACAAUGCUACUAGCCCGAUGGUUACUGUUGUCAUGACAACACAAAUGAAUGAGACCAAGAACAAAGACUACAAAGUGGUUGGUGGGUACUCUGAUGGAAUAAAUGUACUGGGCCUCAUUGUCUUCUGCCUAGUAUUUGGAAUUGUCAUUGGACAGAUGGGCGAAAAAGGCAAAAUCCUGCUGGACUUCUUUGAUGCCUUGAAUGAAGCCACCAUGAGAAUUGUACACAUUAUCAUGUGGUUUAUGCCAAUAGGUAUAUUAUUUCUUAUUGCUGCUAAAGUAAUGGGAGUGGAUGACUGGGAAAUUUUCCGUAGGCUUGGCCUUUAUAUGGCAACAGUGCUGACUGGAUUAGCCAUCCAUGGUGGUAUUAUUCUCCCUGUAAUCUAUUUCAUUGUGGUACGGAAAAAUCCCUUCAUAUUCGUUGGAGGAAUGGCUGAGGCAUUACUGACUUCUGUCAUGAUUUCAUCCAGUUCUGCAACUCUGCCAGUAACAUUCCGAUGUGCUGAGGACAAAAACAAAGUUGACAAAAGGAUCACCAGAUUUGUGUUGCCAGUGGGUGCCACAAUAAACAUGGAUGGAACAGCUCUAUAUGAAGCAGUUGCUGCAAUAUUUAUUGCUCAGCUUAAUGACUAUCCAUUGGAUGCAGGGCAAAUAAUCACCAUCAGCAUUACAGCAACAGCAGCUAGCAUUGGAGCAGCAGGGGUUCCUCAAGCUGGGAUGGUCACCAUGGUGAUUGUUCUUACCGCAGUUGGAUUACCUCCUCAUGACAUCACCCUGAUCAUGGCUGUAGAUUGGCUAUUGGAUCGGUUUCGGACAAUGGUGAAUGUACUUGGAGACUCUUUUGGAGCUGGGAUUGUGGAGAAGCUGUCCAGUAAAGAACUACAACAAAUGGAUCUCACGAGUGGCAUCAACGUAGUCCAUCCAUUUGCUCUGGAACCUGCUGCAUCUGAGAAGGAGGAAUCCAAGAUAAAGGAAACAUAUAUCAAUGGAGCAUUUGAUGUAGACAAAACGGACUCAGUAGCUGUCACAGAAACAUCACAAUUUUGAUUGAGUAAGAAUGAGUCGAGAAUAAGCAUUUGUGAAUAUGUUAUACAUAAGGAUUACCUUGCAAAGCUGUACAUUUGAAUCUAUUCAUAAAUUUCUCCUCAUCAAUAAUGAAUACCUUAAGAUAAAUUUUUGAAUGUAUAGUAAAUACUGGCCAUUAAACACCAUGAUAAUCAAUUGCAAAUUAUUCACCCAUUUGCUUGCAAUCAAGGUAGGUUAAAUUUCUGGUCUGAAUGGGAGACCAAGACAGCUGUUGCUGGAACUGAGACAAAGCUAGUAUGAGCAAACUCUGCUCCAUGAAAUUAAAACUGUGCAUUCUAUAAAAAGUAGUGGAUGUCAAGAAAGCAUAUUGGCUAUCAAUCCUAACUUGUGAUUCAGACAACAAUUCUUAACUCUAUACUUACCUCUCAAUUAGUCAACUUCAGAAUCAUUCUAGGUUGCUUAUAUGUUCUAAAUAACGUUUCAUCGUUAUCUGCCUGUAAUGUUAAGGGGAAAUAAUGUUUAUGAUAUCACAUGUGCAGUGAAAUAUGUUUGAAACCAGCCUCAAGGUUUACCUGUCCAGAUAUAACUGAUUAGCAACAGUCUCAAGAAUAACAUUAACUUUUUUCAUAUCCACAUAAUAUAGACAUUCCCUAUGACCCAGGACUGAUAAUUACAAAAUUGGUCCUGAUUGCAUUCAUUCACGAAAGGACAGGCCAAAGAAAGAUAUUGUUUCAUUGGAGGCAAUUCAGACAAAGUUCAUGAAGAUGAUCCCUGGUAUGGAGGGAUUGUCCUAUGAAUAAAGGCUAAAUAGGUUGGGAGCCUGCUCAUUGGAGUUUAGAAGAAUGACAGUGAACUCACUGAAACAUGUAGGAUUCUUACAUAUAACAGUAUAUGAGGCAAAAUGAGCAAAGUAGAAAUGGUCAGGAGAAUAAAAUUGAUGGCAAGCAGGAAGUUUAGGAUCAUGCCAAUGUAUCAAACAGACUCUUUAACAAAUUGAUCACCCAGUUUGUUCUCCAUCUUCUGUGAUGGGAAUGAGACAGGGAAUACACAGUAUACUAAAUUGAAAGAAAUAUUUGUAAAUCACCCAUUACUAGAGAGAGAAUCUGGAGCCCUCGAUAACAGGAAGGAAUGAGGUAAAGAAACUGCUCACCUGAAAUGUAGAUGAUGUUUCCUUCUGUCCACCUUAUUAUGUAUGAUUUGCAGACUAUUUCCAAAAUUUUCUGUUUCUGUUUCAGAUUUCCACAACUUCCAGUAUUUUGCUGUUGACUUUAUUUUCAUCACUUGCAUUCUUUUGACUCUUAUUCACUUAUCUUUGUCAUUUGCUCUUAUUGUUACUACCUCCAUUUUUCUCGAGAGUUAAUCUUUCAUUUAGUGUUGAAAUUUGUUGAUGUUCUUGUUGAAAACAUGAGUAAUGCUGAAGUUAAAGAGCAUGUUGGCUUGAUUUCACUUUUCAUAUUUGGUCAUUGUCAUGUCUUUUAAUGGCAGGGUGCUUCACAAGGUGGAACUUCCUGCAUGGUUCUUGUGACAAAGUGAUAGCAUCCCUAUCUCUGAGCCAGGAGGCCAGGUUUAAGGUGUUUAAUAACAUCUCUGAACAGGCUUUUUAGAAAAAUAUCUAGAACUUUCUGCAUGUGCAAAAUCUUUCAGAGCAGUGAAGAGACACAGUAAAACUCAAAAUGGUAACAAAGAAUGUCUCCCAGAGCUAGUAUAAAAUUAGAUACUGUCAGAAAACUGUUAACAAUGCCUUGAAGUAUCUGAAGCAAUUGUCCCAACAUAAUUGUGAUGGAACACAUUUUUCUAUUUUGAAAAUGUAAGUCAAAAAUUUUGCCUUGUGUUCCCAUCAGAUACAAGGUGGCAUAGUAAUUGUACCGCCUUCUGGUCCACACUAACCUUGAACCAGAGCUAAAUUUGGAAGUGGAUCACAUUUAAGUGCCACCCAUGAAUUGUGUGUGCUGUAACACAGAUGAGGAUUUCAGAAGGACGGGGAAUGGGCUGGUUUGUUAGCGGUGGUAGUCAGCAAGUUGAGUUGAAGGGAGGAGGGAUAACUUUGAAUGUCAUGGUUAGAAAUUACUGCGACCCCAGGAGAAAGAACUUGUGCAACAAAUGUAAAAACGUUAGCAGGUUUUUUGUUACAUUUAUCCAUGUAGGGACUAUUAAUGGAUCAUUGGGGACUGUCCCACAGAGCUUAUUCGAGCAGAAGCAUCAGUUGUGCCUCAGUGGAUGUCAGUCUUGCCUCUGAAUUACAAGGUGGUCCUGCAGGCUUUAAGCACAAACACCAAGGCUGAUAAUCCAGGGCAGUACUGAGGGAGUGUUGUACUAUAGGAUGUGCUCUCUUUCUGACGAGACAUCUGCCUGUGCAUGUGGCUUUAAAAGUUCCCAUGUCUCUAACUCAAAGAAGACCAGGGAGGUAAUCCUGAGAGUCCUAACCAAUAGAGAUCCCUUAAACACCAUCACAAAAAGAAAAGGAUAAUCUGGUCAUUAUCACAUUGCACUGUAGGGGAGUUUGCUGUCUGUAAAAAAAAAAUUAGCCGAAAGAACUGCAGAUGCUGUAAAUCAGUAACUAAACAGAAGUUGUUGGAAAAGCUCAGCAGGUCUGGUAGGAUCUGUGAAGAAAAGAAAUUAGAUUUAAUGUAUCAGGUCCGGUGGCCUUUCCUCAGAACUCAGUGUUACAGCGGUAGGGUAGGAGGGUGAGUCUGGAUGGGAUGCCCUUCGGAGAGUUGGAUUGGACUUCUUCAGCCAAAUAGCCUAUUUCCACACUGCAGGGAUUCUAUGAUAGGAUAUUUAAUUGUAGGGAAACAGCAGAUCUGUACCUGAUUCCAAUGUCAUCUAAUAUUGACAGGGCUCAUUUUCCAAAAGUGGCAGCACAACUCUUGUGGCAGUUUUCAUUGCCCAGAGACAUUAAUGCCACCUGUAGCAUUUUGCCACCAACUGAUCUACUGGAUCAGUUCAGUUUCCUCAUCACAGACCAAGGAUCAAGAUGGGACAGUUGCCGAAUUUUAUCGUUCAGUAGCAUUUAAAGUAUAUCUAUCCUGUCUUCUACAUUGCACAGCCCAUACAUGCAAUUCCUAUAUUUUGUAACAGAUUAAUCUGCAUUUUGUGUGUUAACAUUAACACAAUGUCAAUGUCAUUUAUCUUGGACAUCUCUUCAAAAUUCUAGAGGGAAUGGCAAUGCUUUAAAUUGCUGACUUGACAUCAAACAAUCUAAAUGCUUACCAUUUCCAAUGUGAAGGAAUACAUCAUUGACCUUAACAACUGAAAGGAAGUCAUUUGGGGUGCAGCGUAGUCCCAUAUGGGACUGGGUCAGCUGCUCAGCAGUUUGUAGCGGAAAGCAACAACUGGUAGUUAGAGGCUGUUGAGGAUCAGAUAUUUGAGAGCUACGCAACAGCAAUGAGACAAGACUGAUGGCAGCAAGAUUUAAUCUGGAGGAGCAGCUACACCUGGGUUUAAAAGCUGAAGCCCCACUUACGUGAGGAAGCCAAAUUCCAUCAGAGUCACACAUAUGUUAUGAGACCUUGAUUUGCAUCCACGAAUAAGGUUCCAGAUAAAAUCCAUCUGGAAUCUUGUGGGCCACCAAAACCAACAGGGAUAAGAUUGGGAUGAGUGGGAAAUAAAGUUCCUCCAUUUUACACACUCUGCCAUUCCUUUCUGGCCAAUGGAAGAGAGUUAAACUUGUCUUGUGAAUAGUAUAUAAACACUUCCAUUCGUACUUUUGAUUAACACAGUUUAAUAAAGCAUACUCAAAACAUGCAAAGUUCAAUGAAUAGAUUUAACAUUGCAGAGGCUGCUGUGUAAAAGAAAUAUUAAAUAAAUUUUACAAAUGCAAAAGUGACAUUUUCUUUUGAACCUUGGAAUAUUUUUAUGGUCGAUGAAAGUGUUGAUUUUUGAUAAAAUGGCAAGGUCAGCUGUAUUGUAUUAACUUGUUGAAACAAAAUAUUAAUGUAGAUGUAUCACUAGGAAUAAGAAUAGAUGUUCAGUUAACUUAGAGGUAACGAUAUCUGCAAACAUCUGCAUGAAUCUACAACCUAAAUAUGAUACACCUAGUCACUGUAAAAGCAUUUCUGCUGUUACUGGAUCUCUGUGGGACAAAAUGUGCAGCUGCUCUUGCUCCACUUCUGAACUUUACCCAAAUUUGGUGUAAACAAAUAUUUGGUGCAGGAAAUUCAACCAUUGCGAAUAUCUGAGCAGACCAAACCUAUGAAGCAUUUGGCAUAAUUGUAAAACAAGAUAUUCCUGAGGUUAAAGCAACAAAAUGUCUGUAAUAAUGUGUAACCAAUUUUAAGAAAUGAAAUAAAGCUGUCUUAAACUUAUAAUAAUAAUACCGUGGAAUACAAAUUGUAAAGAAAUUUCUAGAUUUAAGGAUAUAAACUGCAAUGGGUUGAUUGCUGUAUUGAAGCUAAGAACUGGGGAUCAUCAGUUUAUUUGUAAAUUUUUGCUUCUGCUAAAUAAAGAUCUUGCUGUA